AUGUCCGACAACGAGGCUGCCCAGUUGCAUUCGCAGAAGCGAUUGCUCACCAAGUUCCUCUCCAAACGAAUACCCCACCUCCCGUCUCCCGAUGAGCGACCCCCAUACCCAUCUAGCACCGCCAACGUGUUCUCCAAAGUGUUCUUCUGGUGGUUGCACCCCGUCAUGCGUACUGGCUACAAGCGUACUCUUGAACCUGAAGACUUGUUCACAUUAACUGACGAUAUAAAAGUCGAGAAAAUGGCUGCCGAUUUUUACCGCCAUUUCACUGCGGGUGUUGCCAAAGCAGAAACCAAACACAUAGCCGCCAAGUGCAAGGCCAGAGGCGAGACGCCCGCCACGUCGUCUGUAUCUUCCGCCGACGACUUGGCUGACUUCACCGUGUCCAAAUACGUCACCGUGUGGGCGCUCUUCUUGACGUUCAAGUGGCAGUACUCGAUGUCGUGCCUCUUUUUGUCGCUCUCAUCGGUUGGACAAACCACAAACCCUUUACUUACCAAGAAGUUGAUCACGUUCGUGGAACGUCGUGCUCUCGGCAUCGAGACCUCCAUCAACAAGGGUUUGGGGUACUCGUUCGGCUCCUGUCUCGUGAUCAUGAUGGUGGGGAUCUUCAUCAACCACUUCUUCUACAGAUCGAUGUUGACAGGCGCCCAGGCCAAAGCAGUGCUUACCAAGGCCAUGUUGGACAAGGCGUUCCGUUUGAACGCUGAGUCCAAGCACAAGUACUCCGUGGGUAAGAUCACGUCCAUCAUGGGGGCCGAUUUGGCGCGUGUCGACUUCGCGUUCGGCUUCCAGCCGUUCUUGUUCACGUUCCCCAUUCCCGUGGCCAUCGCCAUCGCCAUCUUGGUAGUCAACAUCGGGGUGGCUGCUCUCGUGGGUGUGGCGCUCGUGGUGUUGUUCUUGGUUUUCAUCUUCACGCUGGCCAAGCGGUUGUUCGGGCUCCGGUUCAAAGCUAUGAAGUUCACCGACCUCCGUGUCAACUACUUGAAGGAGGCAUUGAACAACUUGAAGGUCAUCAAGUACUACUCGUGGGAAGCCCCCUACGAGGCCAACAUCGCUGACGCGCGUCACAAGGAGAUGAAGAUCAUCUACAAGAUGCAAGUCAUGAGAAACAUCCUCAUUGCCGUGGCAAUGUCGUUGACGUUGUUCUCGUCCAUGAUCGCGUUCUUGGUGUUGUACGCCAUCCGCACUGGCAACAGAAGCCCGGCCGACAUCUUUUCGUCGAUCUCGUUGUUCAACGUGUUGUCCCAACAGGUCAUCUUGUUGCCCAUGGCCUUGAGUUCCGGUACCGACGCCUUGCUCGGAAUCACUAGGGUAGGCGAGUUCUUGUGUGCAGACGAAUUGGACCCUGAGGAGUUGCGCAUCGAGGCCGAUGGGCCCAAGAGAGAGCAAAUGGAAAAGGAAAACCUCGCUCUUGAGGUGCAAAACGCUUCAUUCGAAUGGGAAACUUUUGAUCUCGACGAUAAUGCCGAGGAGGCCAACGAAAAGAAACAGGAAAAGGUGGCCAAGACAGACUCCAGUGACAAGGACGAAAAGUACGAGUCGGAGUCCGAUGCCUCCAGUGAAAUCGUAUUUUCGGGUUUACACAACAUUGACUUGAAGAUCCAGAAGAACGAAUUCGUCGUGAUCACCGGUUUGAUCGGCUCUGGUAAGUCGUCUUUGUUGAGUGCUUUGUCUGGGUUCAUGAAGAGAACUCAGGGUGCCAUCGACGUCAACGGUUCCUUGUUGUUAUGUGGCUACCCCUGGGUGCAAAACGCUACUGUCAAGGAAAAUAUUAUUUUCGGCAACGAAUACGACGAACAGAGAUACAAAGAUACCAUUUACGCCUGUUCCUUGGAGGCCGAUCUUGACGUUUUACCUGGUGGUGAUGCCACCGAAAUCGGUGAAAGAGGUAUCACAUUGUCCGGGGGUCAAAAGGCCAGAAUCAACUUGGCCAGAGCCGUGUAUGCCGACAAGGAUAUCAUUUUGUUGGACGAUGUUUUGUCUGCAGUUGAUGCCAGCGUCGGAAAACAUAUCAUGAACAACUGCCUUUUGGGAAUGCUCAAGGACAAAACCAGAAUCUUGGCUACCCACCAGUUGUCCCUUAUCAGUGCUGCCAACAGAGUCAUUUUCUUGAAUGGGGACGGCUCCGUUGAUAUUGGAACCACAUCAGAAUUGAAGGAAAGGAACCCUGGUUUCGAAAAAUUGAUGGCGUUUAGCAGCGAACAGAAGGACGAAGAAGAAGAUGAAGAAAAUAUCGAGGAAGAACUCGAUGUCAUUGAAGGUGCCCCCAAAAAAUCUAAAAAGGAAAACCGUGCUGACGAAGAAGCUAUCCACAAGACCUACAAGAACGACACCACUGGUGGUAAGUUGACCGAGGAGGAAGAAAGAGCCGUUAACGGUAUCAAGUUUGAAGUCUAUGCCAAUUAUGCCAAUGAAGGUUCAGGAAAAGUUGGUCCAUGGGUGGUUGUUCCUUCUUACUUGUUGUUGAUGAUUUUAGCCACCUUUUGUCAAUUGUUUACCAAUACCUGGCUUUCCUUCUGGACUGAAUACAAGUUCAAGGACAAGCCCGACAAAUUCUAUAUUGGUAUUUAUGUGAUGUUCACUGUUUUAUCGUUCGUCUUCUUGCUUUCCGAGUUUAUUGUGUUGGUUUCGCUCUCUAACUCCGCUGCCAUCAACUUGAAUAUUCGUGCUGUGAAGAGAAUCUUGCAUGCUCCAAUGUCUUUCAUGGACACCACUCCAAUGGGUAGAAUUUUGAACAGAUUCACCAAGGAUACCGAUGUGUUGGAUAACGAGCUUGGUGAUCAGGCAAGAUUCCUCAUGUUCACCUUGAGUAACAUCAUUGGUGUAUUGAUCUUGUGUGUCAUCUACUUACCAUGGUUCGCCAUCGCUCUUCCAUUCUUGGGUUUCUUGUUCGUGGCGGUGGCCAACUUCUACCAGGCUUCUGCGAGAGAAAUUAAGAGAUUGGAGGCUAUUCAAAGAUCAUUUGUCUACAACAAUUUCAACGAAACUUUGAGUGGUAUGCCCACAAUCAAGGCUUAUAACGCUGAAGCAAGAUUUGUUGCCAAGAGUGACAACUAUCUCAAUGUGAUGAAUGAAGCAUACUACCUUUCUAUUGCUAACCAGCGUUGGUUAACACUUCAUAUGGAUAUCCUUGCUGCCAUAUUUGCAUUGUUAAUUUGUCUUUUAUGUGUGGGUAGAGUCUUUAGUAUCAGUCCUGCAUCCGUAGGUUUGUUAUUGGCCUACGUUAUCCAAAUUGCCAAUCAGUUGUCCUUGCUUAUUAGAACUUUCACCCAAGUUGAGAACGAAAUGAACUCCGUUGAAAGAUUGUCACAAUAUGCCUUUGGCUUGCCCGAAGAGGCACCAUAUGUCAUCACUGAAACCACUCCCAAGGAAUCGUGGCCGGAGCAAGGUGAAAUCACCUUCAAAGACGUGAGCAUGGCCUACAGACCGGGUUUACCUUUGGUCUUGAAGGACUUGAGCUUCCAAGUCAAGCCUGCUGAGAAGAUCGGUAUCUGUGGUAGAACUGGUGCUGGUAAAUCAUCCAUUAUGACUGCACUUUAUAGAUUAACUGAGUUGGAGAAAGGAUCCAUCGUUAUCGAUGGUGUUGAUAUUUCUAACCUUGGAUUGCAUGCAUUGAGAUCAAAGCUAUCAAUCAUUCCACAAGAUCCUGUUUUAUUCAGAGGAAGUAUCAGAAAGAACUUGGAUCCAUUUAAUGAGAGAUCUGAUGAUAAAUUAUGGGAUGCUUUGAGAAGAACCGGUUUGAUCGAUUCUACCAGAUUGGAAGCAGUUAAGAAGCAGGUCAAGACAGACGACACUGACGACGAAAGUGCUAUGCACAAGUUUCACUUGGAUCAAUCGGUGGAAGAUGAUGGUAGCAAUUUCUCCCUUGGUGAAAGACAAUUAAUUGCGUUCGCCAGAGCUUUGGUCAGAGACUCGAAGAUCUUGAUUUUGGAUGAAGCCACAUCUUCUGUGGAUUACGAAACUGACUCCAAGAUCCAAGAAACCAUUAUUAGGGAAUUCAGCCAAUGCACUAUUUUGUGUAUCGCCCAUAGAUUAAAGACUAUCAUCAACUACAAUAGAAUCUUGGUAUUGGACAAGGGAGAGCUCCAGGAAUACGACACUCCAAUCAACUUGUUCAACACAGAUGGAAGUAUUUUCCAACAAAUGUGUGAGAGAUCAAACAUUACUGAAGAAGACUUUAAGGACGUGCAAAACUUUUAA